AUGGAAGAACCCCGGAUAGCACGAAUCCGCAAAAAGAAAUCACGACACACCAACUAUUACAAAAACGCUGAAAAGUAUGUGAGAUGGGCCGAGGAGCGAGAACAGCGAGAACGCGAGUAUAUGUUGUCUCGACCUCCACCUGAACUAGAGGAAUACGACAGCACCCCCAUAAGACCCUACAAGAUUGUGAAAACGACGCGCUGGCAAGAACUGCUUCCUUGUGAAGCGGAAGAUUUUCAGAAAAACGGUAAUUCGCACUGCGCAACCCAGCAGUACACAAACGACACGGGCGCCCCGUCAUUACGUCAGCAGAGCGCGACGUGUUUGGCUAGACAGGCGCGUUUUCUAACCGAGGGUCUAUUGAAGGACGUUCGCAACGCGACAGUAUGGAAAUCGGUAUGGGAAGCUGUUCUCUAUGGGCAGAACGACUCUCUUAACGUGUUUCUGGUGUUUGCAACUGAGUUACAAAAGCAUUCUGAUUUCCCCUGCCAUUACAACGGUCUGUUGCAUCCUACAAAAACCCUUACAGAUCGAUGUGCCUCUCUGAGAGCGCUGCUGCUGCGUGGUAAAAGCCGGCAUCGAAUCGAGUCUGUGGCCCAAGCACUGACUGUGGGAGACGUCUCUUACCUGGAAUUGGGCGUCAAGCAUAUCCGCAACGAACUCAUCUUAAACUACACACGUGAUGAUCUGUAUGAACAUGCACAAAACGCCUUGACACGCUUGAAGAGCCUGACCGUGCUGGAUAUCCGAUAUGUCGAUAUCAGCGAUGCUACACUGUCCUUGUGGAAGAAUGCUCUUGUUCGAGGAGAUUGGCCUGAGCUGAAGGUCCUUCUGCUUGGCCAUUCCAAUGCUGAUAAAGUGGCCCCUCUAAUGGAAAUCCCGCAAUUGUGGUAUGUCGGAUACCGUGGGGAUCGUCUCUGCCAUCGCAAUUGGUUCACGUGCAAGAAUGACAUCAAGAAGGAUGACGUGCCCGAUCGAUUGCAAAAGAUCAUCAGGUGUGCUCAGAAUCACCCCUCCUCGUGGCUUCUCUCAAGUUUAAAGGAACUGAACAAUGAGAGCCAGCGUGGAAAGCUCAUCCUCGAGGUUAACUUCUCAAUGACAUCAUGGGAUCUGGAAGAGCUUCGAAAACGUCCAGCUGACUAUGUGCAUUGUGUCCGAAUGAGGAAGAACGAAGAGAAGGCUCUGAACCCACCAUCGACGGCCGUAAGGACGGAGCCCAAGCCCUUGUAUCGUCAGGUGGCUCGUAAGCGACGAGUAGAUGCUGCAGUAAGUGGAUUUUUUGGCCAGGUUGGGCCCAAGCGUCCCUGUCCCUGA